AUGUUGUGGACUUGCUUAUCAAAACCAACACGUUGGAAGCCAAUGCUUGCAACUCCUAUGGCAGUUGGAACUAAGCUUUUCUCCACUGACAGUGAAGUAUUUAAGGAUCCGAGUCUUUAUCGAAGCAUUAUAGGAGCACUCCAAUACUUGACUCUCACCAGGCCAGACAUUAGCUAUGCUGUAGACAAGCUGAGCCAAUUUCUUCAAGACCCAACUGAGCUCCAAUGGCAGGCCUACAAAAGAAUUUUAAGGUACAUUAAAGGAACUCAGCUUCAUGGAUUAUUGUUUAGACCAACAGCCUCUCUUAAUGUUGAAUGUUAUGCCGAUGCUGACUGGGGAAGUAACCUGGAUGAUCGAAGGUCAACUAGUGGUUUUUGUGUCUACUUGGGACCCAAUUUUAUCCAAUGGAGCUCUAGAAAACAAAAAGUAGUUGCCCUUUCCUCUAUUAAAGCUGAGUAUAGAGCUUUAGUACAUACAGCAACUGAGGUAGCUUGGCUGCAGUCCAUAUUCACUGAGUUAGGCUUGAGUUUUUCUUCUCCUCCUGUCAUAUGGUGUGAUAAUGUGAGUGCUAGUGCGUUAGCAUCAAAUCUUGUAUUUCAUGCUCGAACUAAGCAUAUCGAAAUAGAUGCUCACUACAUCCAUGACCAAGUUUUAGCCAAGAAAGUUGUGAUUCAAUAUGUCCCUUCUAAGCUACAAAUAUCUAGCAUUUUGACCAAAGAUUGA